CUCAAAUAAAGCGUUUCAUUGAGUAUAAGCGUUUAUGUUUAUGUUCAAAAAAAAACAAUACUAGACAUACGAAACUUUUCAUAAAAGUUGAACUUAAUCGUCUAAUACGCGAAAUAUUAAAUAAGAAGCAAUACAAUUAAAACCGUUCAUGAUCAAGUUGUUGACCUAAAGCCGCAGCACUAAAUUUAACAAAACCUAAAGCUAUACACACAACAACAACCAGCCACGUCAACAAAAUAAAUCUAACAACAGAACAACAACAAUAUGUUGCGCAACACAGCUUUUGGUUCGACACCCACCUAUAAAUUAUUGCUCGGAUUGGGUCUCUGCUCUCUGGGCGGCGCGAUGUUAUUUGCCUAUUUUAAGCAGCGCAACGAUGAGGAUAACGAGGGCUCAAAGAAACAACAAAAACAGAACACAACAGCCGCACAACAACAGCAGCAGCAGGAACAACAACAACCACAGAAGGAGAUUUGUCUCAAAAUUGUUGUAGAGAACGACCAUGUGCCCCUAAUAAUUGGACGAGGAGGGGCUAAUAUCAAACUUAUUGAAGAAAAGACCGGAGCCAAGAUAAGAUUACGCGAUAAAGACAGCGGUCACAAAUUCUGUGACAUUAACGGUGUGCCGGAUGCGGUUAAGGCGGCACGAGUGCUGCUCAUCAAAGAAAUCGAACGCGCACCUGUGGUCAAGGUGGAGCUGCAAGUGCCUCAUCGUUUGGCCCAUAAGUUAAAUGGACGUGGCGCUGAAAUUAUACAGGAUAUAUGCCGAAAUUCCCUGGCCAAGGUCAGCAUCGAUCUGAAUGGACGCAAUAACAAGGCCAAGAUCACAAUUGUCGGCAAUCAGAAGCAGGUAAACAUUGCGCGAAAAUUGCUGGAUGAUCAAAUAGAAGAAGAUGAAGAUUUGCGUCGAGCCGUCGAGGAAGUGGAACAGAAACGAGAGCCACGCCGCUCGCCCACCAACUCGAGCAUGUAUUCAUCGCAGAAUUCGCUGAGUUCGCUGCAGCCACGGGAUAAAAUGCUGGCCGCACGCGUCGAUGAUAAACCAAUGGAGGUUUAUGUGUCAGCGGUGGCAUCGCCCACCAAAUUCUGGGUACAACUGGUGGGACCACAGUCGAAGAAACUGGACGAUAUGGUGCAGGAGAUGACGAACUACUAUAGCAGUGCCGAGAAUCGUGCCAAGCAUGUGCUCACAGCGCCCUAUGUAGGUCAGAUUGUUGCCGCCGUUUUCAAGUUCGAUGAGAAAUGGUAUCGUGCUGAGGUUGUCGAUAUAAUGCCCAAUCAGUUCAACCCCCAGGAGCAGGUUAUUGAUUUAUAUUUCGUGGAUUAUGGAGAUAGCGAGUACAUUGCGCCAGCAGAUAUCUGCGAGCUACGCACAGAUUUUCUAACACUUAGAUUCCAGGCUGUUGAAUGCUUUUUGGCUAAUGUGAAGUCGCCACUGAUAGAUGACCCUCUGAGAUGGCCAAAGAAUUCGAUAACCAAGUUUGAGGAGUUAACAGAGGUGGCGCAUUGGCGCAAGUUAAUAUCGCGCGUGGUGACUUAUAAGGAACGUCCGAGAUUAAACCCUGAACAAGCAGCGAGCUCAGCUGCACGUGACGGUACACCCAUACCUGGUGUUGAGCUGUUCGAUCCCACUGAUGGCGGAGAAGUUAAUUUGGGACAUUUGAUGAUUACACAGGGCUUGGCCUUACCUUUGGAUGAUUCGUACCCGGUGCGUUCUCGUUCCAAUACACCAUCGAAUCAAAGUGAUUCGACCAUUGAGGAGUUGAGCGUAACCACGCCCACAACACCGAUUUCGCCAAUGUCGGUGUCUAUUAUAAAUGAUAUGGACAGUGUUUCGGCUGCCGAGGAUGCGCACUUUGAACAGCAAUUGCAGCAUUUACAGAAGAAACUCCAACUUAAUGGCAAUGACAUAAACACAAACACAGCGAACACAAUCAAUCCGGUCAAGCUAAGUACCGAUGACUAUCAGAACAGCAAUCUGGACAAUAUAGCAGCGGCUGCCUCCACCACAAAUGGAGAUGUGGGUCGUUAGAUACGCGCUGUGAUCAUCUCCAGAUUGCCCUUUGUUAUAAUAUAACAUAUUUGUUAAUUUUCCUUCAAAAUGCACGCAACAUUUGCGCUUUGACUGAGCGGACUGUGCGGCAGCUAUCACUGGACGUGUAAAUAAAGCGUAGGGAAUAAGGAUUUAUUAUUAGACAUUCAAUUCAAAAAAUUGAAUCAUUUAUAGCUGCUCGUGACUGUUUUCACAUAUCCUGACAUUGAACGUGAACAAACGCAGAUUUAAGCACAACUCUUAGCUUUUGCUAUAAGAUAUAUUAUGCCAUGUUACUUAUUGUUAGUAAUAGAUUGACAUAUGAAUGUAUAAAUCAUGCAAAAUACAAAAACAUCAAAUUUCAAA